AUGGGAGAAGUUCAAUUGGCUGUGAGAUUUUCUUGUUCAUCUUCAAUUAAUACAGUUAAUACUUAUUCGCAAUCACUACUCCCCAAGAUGCACUACUUAAGCCCACUGUCAGUAUAUCAGCUUGAUACUUUAAGGCAACAAGUUGUUUACUUGAUCUCCUUGAACUUAAUCAAUUCUCAGCCACCAUUAAGGAAGGAGGUUAUUGGCUGCAUACUAGAUGUUGGAUCACAAACAUGGAGCAUAUGGAAAAGCAAAGCGAAUUAUGAUAGAGUUACAACACUCUUGACUGGUUUUCUUGCUAUGAUCAACUGGUUUAAGAAGAUAUGCAAUUGGACAAAUCCUACCACUACUAUCUUCAUUUACAUAUCGUUCCUACUGGUGGUUUUCUUUCCACAAAGACCAAGACUUCCUCCUCAUGUGGAUGCUAACUUGUCUCAAGCUUAUGUAACAAAUGAAGAUGAACUUGAUGAAGAGUUUGAUCCAAUACCAUCUAGGAAGACAGGUGAAGUUCUUAAAUGGAGAUAUGAUCGAUUGAGGAUCAUUGCUGCAAGCAUGCAAACGGUGUUGGGUGACUUGGCAACACAAUGGGAGAGGCUGCAGUCUUUGUUGAGUUGGCGAGAUCCUAGAGCUACAGCUAUCUUUUUGUGUUUCUCUUUGCUUGUUUGCUUGGUGACAUAUAAGAUUCCUUUUCACUAUAUCAUUGUUCUUAUAGGUACUCAGGUGCUAAUGCAUCCAAGACUUCGUGUUGAUUUUCCUUCAGUUCCCCAAAAUUUCUUGCGGAGGAUGUUUGCAAAAACUGAUAGCUUGUUUUGA